GAUGUGCUGGUUGUGAAAAUGGCAGUGCCAUUUGUGGAAGACUGGGACUUAGUGCAGACCCUUGGAGAAGGGGCUUAUGGAGAAGUUCAACUAGCUGUGAAUAGGCGCACCGAGGAAGCUGUUGCAGUGAAAAUGGUGGACGUAAAAUGUGCAGUUGAAUGUCCGGAUCAGAUCAGGAAGGAGAUCUGCAUCAACAAAAUGUUGAAUCAUGAGAAUAUCGUGAAGUUUUAUGGGCAUCGACGAGAAGGCACUAUUCAAUAUCUCUUCCUGGAAUACUGCAGCGGGGGCGAGCUCUUUGACCGAAUAGAGCCUGAUAUUGGAAUGCCAGAAUCAGAAGCACAGAAGUUUUUCCACCAGCUGAUAGCUGGUGUGGUCUACCUCCAUAGCAUAGGAGUGACACAUCGAGAUAUUAAGCCAGAGAAUCUGCUACUUGAUGCAAGAGACAACCUCAAGAUCUCAGACUUUGGGCUAGCUACUGUAUUUAAAUAUAACGGCUGCGAGCGAUUGUUGAACAAGAUAUGUGGCACACUUCCAUACCUGGCCCCAGAAGUCCUGAAAAGGAAAGAAUUCCAUGCCGAGCCUGUUGAUGUGUGGUCGUGUGGAAUUGUGCUUACAGCUAUGUUAGCAGGAGAAUUGCCGUGGGACCAGCCUGUCGGUACUUGUCAAGAAUAUUGUGACUGGAAAGAAAGAAAGACUUAUCUUUCCCCAUGGAAGAAGAUUGAUUCAUUGCCACUAGCUUUACUCCUCAAAAUAUUAAACGAAAACCCCUCAUCCAGGCUUACUAUUGCAGACAUUAAAAAAGACAGAUGGUAUACAAAAACUUUAAGGAAAGGUAUAAAGCGGUCUCGAGGCUCUUCAGGAGGACCUUCCGAUUCUCCAGGAGGUUUUUCUAAACACAUUAGAUCAGAUAUGGACUUCUCUCCAGUAAAAGAUGCACACAGUGAGGAAAAGAAGACCUGUUCCAAUUCCCAACCAGAACCAAGAACUGGCCUCUCCUUGUGGGACAGCGGUCCAGGCAGUAUCAAGAAAUUGGUACAAGGGAUUAGCUUCUCUCAACCAGCCUGCCCUGAGCAUAUGUUGCUAAACAGCCAGUUAUUAGGCACCCCAAGUUCAUCACAGAACCCAUGGCAACGUCUAGUCAAGAGGAUGACCCGUUUCUUUUUGAAACUGGAUGCUGACCAGUCUUACCAAAUCUUGAAGGAGGUUUGUGAAAAGAUGGGCUACAUCUGGAAGAAAGGUUGCACAAACCAGGUCACCAUAUCAACCAUGGAUAGAAGAAACAACAAACUGAUUUUCAAAGCAAAUCUGGUAGAAAUGGAUGAGAAAAUUCUUGUGGAUUUCCGAUUGUCAAAGGGUGAUGGUUUGGAGUUCAAAAGGCAUUUCCUGAAGAUCAAAGAGAAGCUGAAUGAUGUUGUCAGCCCACAGAAGUUAUGGCUUCCAGUGACAUGAUUGCAUUGUGGUUGAAAAACAAAUGAAUUUGGCUGCAGUAUUUUCAGCCAUAGGACAGUUUAUACUAAGACAUACUCUGACUUCACACCCUCAGUGCCCAUUCCUCUUGGCUUUCACAUGAUCAGUAACCUAUUGGGAAAUUAAUACUGUGAUAGGACAUAAUUAAGGAUUUUUCCUAGGGUAACUGUGAUGGUUAUGAGAGUUUCCAGUGCCUUAUAUUGCUCAGUCUUUUAGUUUGCAUUCUACUUUAUACAGAUAUUUAAAUAUUUUGGCACACCAUCUUUUCUAGAUGGGAAUGUUUUCUUCUUUUCCCCAAAGUGUUAUACAAGAAUACAAACUGAACUUUUGCAGAGAGGAGGAGGAAAUUAAAUUAAAGCCAACACCAAACAACAACUUAUUUUGUAUACUUGGGAGCAGAGCUGUAGAAUUUUUGGAAUCCAGCCUGGACUCCAUAUCAGAACACUUGUCUUAGCUUGUGAUUAUUUUUUUGGGUCAAGUGUUGCUGAGAGAAAAGUGAAGUGUUACUGUUCUACUUAAAUUUUUAAUUUUUUCACUUUGAAGAAACUAGAAAACAUUACAGAUGUUAUUAAUGUGAUUCAUUAAAAUAUUUUUCCAUUUCCAGUGUCUCAUCAGUCCCUAAAGAACAUCUGUCUUGUUGAGCACUGAAAUGGAAAUGUGCAAAUAUGAGGAAGUGGGAUAAUAUUAGCAAUUUCUCCUGCAUCCCAUCACUCUUAGCCUGUUAGAAGUUCUAGGUGUUUCAGGCUCCUGUUACCAUGUGUCUGACUGAUGCUGCUUGACUGUAUCAUUGUGGACUCAGAGAAGAAUGGAGAGGAGAGACAUAAGUCUUAGUUCUUACCAUGCUGCAGACCACUUUUACUUAACCAUGUUCAGCAAUGUGAUCUUAUAAAGAGUGUAAGAGAAAAUAAAGCAGUGAAUGAAA